CAGCCAUCACGGUCCCAGACACAGCGACUGAAGACGAUGUCAAGCAGUUGCUCGCGCUGGCUGAGAAGUUCGGUGACUCUAUUGCAGCUUCUCAGUAUAAGGUGUGGCUUGUAGCUAAGAAACCCAAGGAGAUCCCACCCAAGCCCCUGGAAAAGCAAACUGAGGAGGCGCGCCAGCGUGUGCAUUCCAUCGAGCGCCGCCUCAAGAAGGAGAUUGAUGAUGUCGCCAGGGCGAGGAAGUUGGUGUAUCAAUGCGAAGAAGCUAUGGCCAAACUCACUGCCGAGCUGUCCGAGGCCGACAAGGAACACAAAGCCUUGGUCGAGCAGCUGCAUCAUGUGGUGCAUCCUGAUCCUCCUCGGUCUGUUGGCAAGCUCUGCCUGCGUGACAUCCUCGACGGUAAGGGAGGGGCCCUCACCAUCGACUACGGUGAAGGCAUCCUCGGCCUCGACGCUAAGGAGUACGAGCUCUCAGCCGACGACCACAACCAGUUCGAGGCCAGGAAACGCGAGCUGGAGCAGAGUGUGGUCGCCAUCACGAAGCAAUUGUUGAGAAGGAGCUUGGAGAUGCAGCAGAUGGAGUUCAUGAGGACUCCGCCAGCGGGGGAGGAAGUGCAGACAGCAGCUCUUCUGGAGACCACGGGGGUGCCCAUGAGGCUGAUGCUGUCCCACAUCCUGACGUUCGGCAGCUCGCGAAGGAGAUGCUCGCCAACAGGCUGGAAGUCCAGGCUCGUCCCAGCGGCCCCAGGUAUAGGGCUCGGGACCUCUGGUGGAGUGGGCAUUUUCGUCAGGGACUUCUUGGGCUGUCAUGACGUCUCGCCUAAGGUGGGCCCCACUCUGGUUCCUCAUCGUGCUGCUUCAGCUAUUGUUCAGAUCCCAGGCGGAGUCUCUAUCCUUGUGGUCUCCGCGUAUCUCAGGGACUCCGAGGGCCUCUCCGAGUCCAAUCUGGGUAUCUUGUGCAAGCUCGGUGCUGAAUUAUCAUCUUUUCCUGGUCCGUUCAUCUUGGGUGCGGACUUCCAGAUGGAGCCUGAUGUUCUGGCUUCAUGCGAUUUGGUCUCGGUGCUCAGUGCCAACCUGGUCGUGCCUGAAUCCAAGGGCACCUGCGCGGGCACGAGCAAGGAAGGAGUCCGCAUGCUCGACUAUUUCCUGGUUUCCAGCGGGCUCUCGCAGGCCGCGAAGGCCACCCGUGUCUGCUUGGAGGCGGCCACCAAGCCGCACAAGCCCGUGCAGUUGAGCUUCUUCCCUCAGCUGGCCAGUUUGCAGGCUUUGGG